UGUUGCUAUGGAAGGAAGUGGAACAGCAUCAAGCCACCAAUCUGAAGAAAGCAGUUUGCUGGACAUACCAUGUCUGCUAAAUGCAGAAAGUUUUGGCUUGAACUUGAACCCAGGGAUGAAUGAUGAAGCUCUUAGUUCUGCCGAUGCAUUUGUUUCACCAGCAUCCACAGCAGGCAACACAGACCCAAGUAGCAUAGACUUCAAAGGGAACGCCAGUGGAGCCGACAUAACGUUGUGUCCUCAACCCUGUGAGAAGACAGAUCUUGUGAACUGUGUGAACACUGAACCAUUUCUACCUGAACUUCCUUUAUCUUGGACAUAUGAGCAAAAGGAUGAAGGAGAAUCCACCCUAAAAAAAUCUCUGGAUACGUUUUAUGGAACUUGCUGCCAGAAGAAGCCACAUGGAGGAAGUCCAGAAUACGAAGCAGCUUCGCAAUGUGUGUCUGUCAAAAUGGCAGAGCUAGCAGACAAAGGUGGAAUGAACUAUGCCCUGAAGAGUCUCCGGAUAGCACAGAUGGUUUUAAACCGAGAUGGGACUAAAGUACUUCCUCAACACUCCCGUAACACCUGCUUUUCUACUCCCCCUAAAGUCAGCCUUUGUUUAGAGCCAAAGAGGCAAGUCCCUGGACUCUCAGAUGAUAUCCUUCAACUUAUCAUGAAUCAGAAUGCAAUGAAAUGAAUUUCAUCCUGAAAUUAUUAAGUUUCUCAGCAUGUUUUCCUUCUUUUUAAAUUAUAUAUGCGGUGAUAAAAAAUUUUUUCCAAUGGACUGAGUUUAUCCCAAUGUCUCUCCAACGCCAAGAGCAAAAUAAAGGCACGAAAUAA